CAGUCAACUAACUCCUGGGUUUGUGUUUCAGUGACGUACUCAGUGGAGUGCACGGGGCCGACGAUGGUGGUGCGGGUGCCGGUGGACGGUGUAAGGGGCGUGGAGCUGGACAAGUGGACGGAACUGCCGGGAUGUGGUGCCCAGCGUGACGACUCCCACUACACCCUCACGCUACCCCUUGACGAUGACCUCGCCUGCGGCACCACCAGGGUCAGGAACAAACUCACGGGAGAUACGCUCUACUAUCACCGGGUGGCGAUCACAGCAGCUCACGGGCGGCAGGUAGUGCUGGUCAAGUGUCGUGCGGCGCUUGACAACUCUACCAUGAGCAACAUCGUCAAGAGAGAUGUCCUCCCACCGGAGUUUGUUGAGCCAGAUUACAUCGAGAUCACGUCUGAGGUGACAGGCACAGCACCCAUCCCCAUCCUGGGUGUGGGCGUGAGGCAAGACGGUGAGCUGGUUGGAGGCCAGAUUAAUGUUCGACCUGGCACACCCCUCACCAUGGAGGUGUUCCUGGAUGACGCUUCAGCUGGCACUUACGGCAUCCUGAUGAGCUACAUGGAGGUGACCGACACUGAAAACAAGAGAGAGACCAUUAUCUUCAACGGAUGUUCAGUUGACCCCGUGUUGUUUGACAACUUUAUAACAACUACUGGUGAUUACGUGUCUGCCAAAUUCCGCGCCUUCAAGUUCCCCGAGACCAACUACGUGUUGUUCCGUGGAACUGUUGAUGUUUGUCUGGACAAGUGUCAGGGGAUUGCAUGCAGUAAUGGUCAACUCGGCUUUGGAAGGCGACGACGUGGUGUUGACAGCAAACCUGCUGACCCUAACAAGAUCUUUGAAGUCACAAUGAUGACUUUCUUGAAGGUAGACGAGAAAAACAAUGAUACCAACAAGGCAAACUUUGAAAGUGUCGCUGAAGACAUGGUAGAGAGAAUCGCUGAGGACGUAGGGGCCGUGGAACAAGCACUGGCUGACGCAGAGGCUUCCCGAUCCUGGAGUCAGGCAGUAGAUGAGCGAGACGUCCCAUACAAGUCCAGUGAAGGAAACGAACCUGUCUUCAUCUACUACAACAAUGGCCACAGUCACACUCAGAGUUUGAUCUUGGUUAUGGCCGCUGCACUUCUUGUUUACUUCUGCCACUAAUUCAUUACAAUAACAGUUCUUAAAGAGACAAACCUGUGUGUUGACAAAAACUUUCAACCUAGACUCUGAUAUCUGGGUUACAGCUCUAAUCUGACUAUUUUGGCCUGUAAAUUUAUUUUUUAUAUUACAAUUAAAAUCCACCACAUACCCACAUAGGUUUACAAAAUGUUUGCAUUUAUUUGUCGCCACAAGUUUGGUCGGCUACAACAAAAUGAUAAUCAUCACGGACGACUAGUGUGGCGAUACUUCCCUAAGCUUUAAAUUCAUGGUUUCUUUAUGAAUAAUUGAAAGUAUGGCAUUUUUUUAUGUAAUUUCUAGUUUUGUACAUUUAAGGCUAAUUACAGUACUACUGACUUAUCUCCACACGACUGAUACUCUUUGUUCAGUCUUGAAGUCUUUAAUUAUCUAAACAAUAGUGUAUAAUAAAAGUCACUUUUAAUAAUUACAAAUAACUUCUGACAAUUAUCUUGUAUCACUUCACAUAAUCUUGUAGUCGUUUAUGAGUUUUCUUUUCAAGUUCGUGUGCCACAAAGGUGUGUAUCCUUAAGGGAUUUUCUAAGAAGUGUCAUAGUUAUAUAAGUGCAAUGUGUCUUCCUGACACUCUGCUCUGCCAAGUGAUCUGUUACUCUUAAUAAAUGUACAUUUUAUGGUUUAAAAGUCUGUAAGAUGACAUGAGGCCUUGACUCUGUGUGUUACACUUGACACCAACAAGCAUUUGUUGUCAAGGUGUUCUCAUCUUACUAUUCUACCUUUUAUCUCCAUCCAUGUUAUGUCAUGACUGAGACGUUAAUCUGUUCAACAUGUUUAAUUUAAGUAUUGGAAUAUCUUAACACUUUGAUAAAUUGUCCUUUUCAGAAAAGUAUUGCAAUACUGAAUUUUUUUGUAUGAUAACCUGAUCUGUUGCUACUACUACUAUGGUGAAGGGAGAACACAGUAUACUACUGUGUCAGUUUGAUCUAUCUGUUGCCUCUGCUCAUAAUGUUGCCUCCCAGGCUGCCCUCAUCCUUCUGACUUGUGGUGCGAGUUUUGUGAUGGAUGAUGACUGUUAGCAGAUACUGCAGGAUUUACUGAGAUACUCAGUACUGCCCUAAAGUGUGGCAACAAGACCUGAGAGUCCGGGUGUAGAGCAGUCUGGUCAAGACUUGGCAGUGCCACGGACAGUUGCAAUAAUGACAUAUCUCGUCAUAAACUGACCUUGACACUGAAGUCUGCCACCGCUGGCCUGAGGGCCAUCAUGUAACAGCAACUAACAAAGUGCUUGUACAGCUGUACAGUAGAAUAAAUAUCAUAUAACAUUCUAAUGUAAAAUAAACUGUGAUAGUUU